AUGCAUCUUAUCGCCAUGCCCCCUAUUAAUAAGAAGCCCAUCUUCGUAGCCACGCACCCGCGGGCCUGCUCAACUGCCUUCGAGCGCGUCUUUAUGACCCGGAAGGACCUUAAAUGUGUGCAUGAACCCUUCGGAGAUGCCUUCUACUUCGGCCCGGAGCGUCUGAGCGAGCGGUAUGCCGAUGAUGAAGAGGCUCGCCAAAAGAGUGGUUUUGUCGACGUCACAUACCGCGACAUCGUGGAGAGAUUGUUGGAGGAUGAUGCUGAGGAGGGCAAACGCCUCUUCAUAAAAGACAUCGCACACUACCUAUUCCCUCCGGACAACCACAUCGCCCACAUCGCGCCCUCCCUACUUGACUACCGCCCCCCAACUGACACCCCCACAGACUCUCCAUCCUCCACCGACCGUCGCACACCCCUUCUCGAAAGCCCAAUCCACAACCCAACCGUCAUCCCGCUCUCCGUUCUGCGGCGCUUCCACUUCGCCUUCCUGAUCCGUCACCCGCGUCGAGCAAUCCCUUCCUACUACCGCUGCACAGUGCCGCCUUUAUCUGGCCGAACAGGAUUUCACCAGUUCAUGCCCAGCGAGGCGGGCUACGCCGAGCUGAGGAGGCUGUUUGACUACCUCAGAACGGAGGGUGUGAUUGGGGAGGAUGGGGCAUCUAAGUGGUUGGCCAAGCCGGCAGGGACGGAUGGGAACGGGGAUGAGGAAGGGAAAGAUAGGGAGAGGAAAGUAGAGAGAGUGAAGAUUACGGUUGUGGAUGCGGAUGAGCUGCUUGCUAAGCCCAAGAAGGUAGUGAAGAGGUUUUGUGAGGAUGUUGGAUUAAAGUUUGAUGAGGCAAUGCUGCAAUGGGGGAAUGAACAAGAUGGGGAGGAAGCUGAGGAGCAGCAGCAUAAGGCAGAGGAGGCCUUUGCGAAAUGGGAGGGUUUCCAUGACGAUGCGCUGAAGAGCACUGGAUUGAAGGCUAGGGCUGAAGUGAAAACUCCCACCCGGGAAGAGGAGGACGAAGAAUGGCGGCAAAAGUAUGGAGAAAAGGGGCAGCGUAUCAUCAGGGAGUGUGUGGACGCUAAUGUGGCCGAUUAUGAGUAUCUCAAGUCGUUUGCCAUCAAAGUAUGA